GUCGGCGAAGAAUUCACACUGUUUUAUAGGACAGAUACUACGGAUACAGACAGUCGACAGAGAUAAUGGCUGACAGCCAAGAAAUUGAUAUAAGCCAACGUUACCAGGCAUCCAUGGUUCUCAGCGGAGUAGGAGAUGCAUUAGGAUAUUAUCAUGGUCGAUGGGAGUUUUGCAACAGUGGCAAAAAAAUUCAUAAGGAACUUGAAGAACUUGGUGGCCUGAAGAAGAUAAAAGUUGCAUUGCCAGCAUGGAAUGUGAGUGAUGAUACUGUAAUGCAUUUAGCAACAGCUGAAGCAUUGACUAAAUGGGGCCAUGAGAGCGCUGAUAAUGACAAAACACAUCUGUAUUCUCUUCUCGCUCAAAAAUAUAUUUCCUGUAUGGGUGAUAUGGGAGGACGAGCUCCAGGGAUGACAUGUAUGGGUGCUGUAAGAUUCUUAGCAUCAUCCUACAAAAUACCAUUCAAUCCGAGAGGUGGAGGGUGUGGAGCUGCCAUGAGAGCCAUGUGUAUUGGACUGCGGUAUCCAAGACCUGAAGACAUUAGUGAUUUGAUUGCAGUCAGUGUGGAGAGUGGGCGGAUGACCCACCACCAUCCAACAGGGUACCUCGGAGCCUUUGCUGCAGCCCUGUUUGUCUCUUAUUCUAUACAAGGGAAGCCCCUAAGGAGCUGGGGAGCAGCCUUGCUGAAUGAGCUGCCUCAGUGUAAGGAGUAUAUCAUUAAGGCUGGACACUGUGUAGAAGAAAACACCAUUGCAUUGAACAAUGGAUAUUUCAAAGAUGCCUGGACAAAGUAUUUGAAGUUGCGUGGAAUUCUAGAUGGCACCUCUGAGCCUGUGUUCCCAGAAAACUACAGUGUGGAAGAGAGGGACAAAUUUGUGACCUCUGUCAGCUUCAAUGGAUGGGGUGGAGCAAGUGGGCAUGACGCUCCAAUGAUUGCGUAUGAUGCUCUCCUUGGCUGUGGUAAUGACUGGGGAGAACUUUGUAGCAGGUCCAUGUUUCACAACGGGGACAGUGACAGUACAGGUGUGAUAGCCGCUGCAUGCUAUGGAGCCAUGAACGGAUUUGCUGGUGUUCCGGAAAAUCUUUUCCGUCAUUUGGAAUACCGAGACAGGCUGCUAAAAGCUGGGAGAGCCAUGUAUUUGUUGAGUCACACAGAUGAAAAUGUUUCAUUGGCUGAUAUUAAUGAGGACCGAUCCAAAUCUCAAGGUUUACUUUCACACAUCCAGGAACAUGAAGAGUUAGCUGAAUCAAGCCCUGGCCAAGGAUCUGAUGUUGCUAGUUCACAAGCGUCAGAACAUCAAACCACAGAGGUUGUCGACUCUAGCCAAGGAUCUGAUGUUGCUAGUUCACAAGCGUCAGAACAUCAAGCCACAGAGGUUGUCGACUCUAGCCAAGGAUCUGAUGUUGCUAGUUCACAAGCAUCAGAACAUCAAACCACAGAGGUUGUCGACUCUAGCCAAGGAUCUGAUGUUGCUAGUUCAUAAGCGUCAGAACAUCAAACAACAGAGGUAGUCGACUCUAGUCAAGGAUCUGAUGUUGAUAGAUCACAAGUGUCUGAACAUCAAACAACAGAGGUAGUCGACUCUGGCCAAGGAUCUGAUGUUGCUAAGUGAUGUUGUUAAGUGAUUACGUCCCCAAAAGAGACAUUGCUUACUGAAGUGUUAAACUUAGGUUUAGCAAGCUUUGGUUAUAAUACCAGUACUUGUGCUAACAUACAAAGGUGGUGGUGAUCAAGUAUCUCCCAUAUCUUGUAUAUAACAAUCUUUUCUCCCAGCAUUGUAUGUUUUGUAUAACCAGACGUCCAAUACAGUUAGCAAAUGGCAGUAACUUUUACACUAGUGUUACCAUGACAAAAAUGGACAAAUACUCAGCCAGGAACAAGAUUUUUUCUACCACCAAUCAUCACGUGGUGAAGUACAUGUAGGUAUAGACAACUCCAACUGGGAGGUACCUAUAUGCAUAUCAUUCACCUUAUUUAAUGUGUUAUUGGUUAUAUACAAUUUGUUAUCUGUUAUUUUCUGGGUGUUUUUUGUUUCAUUUUUUAAACACAUAUUGAUAUGUUUAUAUUUUACAAGAAAUAAUAGGGGCCUAUGUUGUGUGUUAUCUAAUUCCAUUAAAAAUACACUGGAAAUUGUAUAGUUUAAUAAAUUAUUUAACAUAUUGACUUUGUUAAACAUACACUUCAUUGAUAUUGUGAUGAUUACAAAACUUUAAGAAUUAUUUUUG